GAUUCAAGCAGUGGGCGCGCAGCGGUGCCGCCGUUGUAUUCCCGUCGUGUCUUCGCCACCGCCGCGUCCCUGCCGCCACCGCCGCCAUGGAGACCAUGACCUUCCCUCGCUACAGCCCCGACGACAUCAUCAGCUACCUCCGCUCGCACAUCCUGGAGGGCGCCGAGGCCCGCAACCUGGUCAAGAGCGACGUGUUCGGCAACCCCAAGCUUGAAGUUUUACACAUGAUUUACCUGAGAAUCCUGCAGAAAAUGUGUGGGAUCCGAGUGGAGCACGCCUACAUGAUGCCCCUCAACGUUGACAUCAUGUACCCACAGAUCCAUGAAGGCUUUCUACCUGUCUGUAACUUGUAUAUCCACAUGGAACGCUUGCUGCCCAUGUGCCGGAUCAAUGACUUCCAAAUUGCUGAUGUUUUAAGCCCAAAGACCAAGAGGACAGUUCGCUUCUUGAGUGGCAUCCUCAACUUUGUGAACUUCAGCGAAUUCCGGCGUGAGGCCUACUUGGAGCUGCAACAGAGCUAUAAAUUAGCUAUGGAGAAAAAACAACACCUGGAGGCUGUGAAUCGGGAGGCAACACUGAAGCUGGAGAAACUGAACACAAUCCCAGCUGAGCAUGAGGCAGAGAUCAAGCAGCUCACAGAGAGCAUUCGGGAGCUGGAGCAGCAGCUGAGGCAGGACUAUCGUCGCAAACAAACAGCUUUGCAAGAAGAGACUUUUCAAAAGAAGGCAGAUAUUGCUGAGAGAAACCAAAAACUGAAUGAGUGCAAAGUGUCUUUGGCUGCUUUGAAAGAAGAAAAAGAGCAGCUGAAAUCCAAAAUUGUGGAGAGUCCAGAAGAAGGGAAGAGUUACAAUGAGAUGAUGAAAGAGAAGAUUAAGAAAUUGAAGAAAGAGAAGCAAGAAGCUACUGAGGAAUAUGAACGUUAUAGAGAUUUAGUAGAUGUUCUGCCAUCAUGCCAAGCGGAGUUGCAGUUAUACCAAAAGAAGAUGGAAAUACAGGGAGAAAAUGUGGAGAGACUGGCCGGUGUAUUAUCAGAGAUCAGAAACCUGGAGGACCAACUUGAGAGUUCUCAGGUAGAGCUGAAAAAGGCCAACGCGGAUGAAAUGUCCCUGAAGAGAGUGGUGACUGCAAAACGUGAGAAGCUGGCUACAGCUGAGAUCCAGCUCCAAAAGAAGCGCGAAGAUAUUGAGCUGCACAAGUGCGCCGUGCUCGAACAUUUCAACAAAGUCCAGGAGAAGAGGGGUGCUGUGUGUGACAAAGUUAUGGCCAUUCGCAAGGAAAUCAAACAGAAAAAGGACCAAAUUGAGCAGCUGGAGGAAAAAGCUGAAGAAAAAGCAAAAAAAGCCAAGGAAAUACACCUAAUUUUCAAGGCUGUAGUGGACAAGUGUCAUGAAUCUCUCCUUAAGGCAGUAAAGGCUUCUGCAGCCUCAAGAGCAGAAAAAAUUGAUGAAAUAAGGGAAGGGCUGUUCAGCAUUCAGUCUUCUCUAAAUGAUUCUUAAGCCUGUCUGAACUUGUGUUCUACUUUCAUUGUGUUUGUGCUCAUACCUGAACUCAAGAGCUCCUGCUUUGCAUGGGAGGGAUAAUAACUCCAGGCAAAUCCAGUUUUCUCCAAAACUCUGUCAGAACAUGUUUAGCUUUCCAGGCUGAUCCUGAUGUCAUGAGCUUGCUGAUGUGGAUAAGAAAACAGUUUCUGGUGUUUCAGUCUGCACUUGGUUUUAGUGAUAAUAUUGCUAUCACCAAACUGCUCAACAUUUUGGACAGAACCCUGCAUUUGUAGAAACUGUUCUGCAGAUUUUGGUCUGGGAACACCUGGUGCCUUGAAUGUUCAAGAAAAGUCAGUACCAGAUGAUGCUCCACCACCAUUAUUCAAUUAAGAUGAAAUCCUGACAGAGCAGUAGCAUCCAUCUAAAUGCCAAGUUACUCUCAACAUAAAUAUUUGUAACUGUAAAUACUCAGAAGUGUAAUUUUACUAUCAUUUUAGUUAACAGUACACUCCCUCUCUGUGCUUGAAUUGUCUGCUUUGUGGGGUAUUGAACCCUCAUCUGUGUUCAUCAGUCUGUGUUAGGAUGCUUUUAAAUAUAGAUUGAUGUUUUGUGCUUAACUUGUGAAUGG